UCUGUAGUUCCGUUUGUGAGACUCCAAGCAACGCGAGAAAUGACGUUAUGCUGUAUGAACACCCUAACGUUCAUUCUCGGCGCUCUUGUAUGGGCAUCUCGUGGGGCAAUUGCCAUAGCUACCGAUGAAAACAUUGCUGAUGCAGCAUGGAGAAGAAUCAAUUUACCUUCCGUAAUGUCUGAGGAACUGCAAGGCAUCGACGAAGAUCUGACUGGGCACCUGACGGCAGAGAUGAUCCCAGAGUCACGACCGAAGAGAGAGCAACGCCAGCAGUGGCAGGAGGAGCUUGUCACUGUCGAACUGGACGACACGUCCUCACUGAGAGCUCUGCCUGGAGAGACGGCCCAGGUCCGGCUGCGCUUCAUCAACCAGAGGAGCGUCGCCGUCGCGCUCUACCUCACAAUCGCGGAUACGCACAACUUCAUUACAGCCGGUGUGAGACGAGUUUAUGUUGGCCAACAAGACGUUGAAACGUUAUCAAUUACUGUUACUAUACCAGGAGACACGCCUCUGAGAACACUAGACUUAAUAACCAUCAGCUCAGCAGAAACACAAAACUUCAAAGCAAUAAAUGCAACCGUCUAUUUUUACGUCACGGAAGAGGUUGUAGACACAACUCAGCCAUCCGUAAGUCACAGAAUCACCAAAAACUGUGAUGGAGCUCUAGAACCUACUACAUGCUCUUACAGAAAUUGGACUUUUGAAGCUACAGUGAAGGAUGACAGUUCUGGAAUACGCAAAAUAACAACACAGCCUGUUCAACUACAAACAUCAGACCACUUAGUGAUGGGCAUCAGAGGCACAAUAACAUACCAAUAUAGUGUUAGUUGCUGCAUUAAUGAAGUCGAGAUAUUAGUCACUGACGUAGCUGGAAAUUUUGUGAGAUACAAAAUAAAUGUUUCAGGAUUUACUCUUGGAACUGGUGAAAUUAUAGCUAUUGUGUUGGCUAUUAUAAUUAUUAUAUUGUUAAUCGUUUUAAUAAUUGUUUGUGUACAUCAAAAGAAGAAAUCUCAUAGUUUUCCCAUGUCAAGAGACUGAACAGAAUCACAAAGACUUUUCUAAGAAAGAAAC